UGCAUCAGCAAAAUCUGACAUUGAAUCGUUUGAUAUAAAACAAAACACUGGUCAAUAUUUUCCCCCAUUUGCUGAGGCUGUUUAACAAUAGCAAAGUCAGAAGAAUGUGUGCAAAAAUCAGACAAUUUUUCUCUCUUGUGGCAAUCAUCAUCUUGGUGACCAGCAGUGCACGAGCUGAAGAUGAGGAGGCAGGAGACGGAGAUGCACCACCAAAAUCUUGCUACAAAUAUACAACUGACUUUAUGAAAUCGACUACGCUGACUUUGUUGAAAUGUCUCGGAGAAAAAUUUAAGCCGAAGGACUUCAGCGAAUAUAUAACUCGGUCUUGGUGCAUCUUAAAAUGUGUUCUUAAAGAGAUGGGGACGCUAACCCCAGAUGGAAAAUUUGAUGAUAUUGCAAGUGCAUUUUACUUUGAAGAAAAUUUUUCUAGUGAAGUUCAACAAGGACUGUUGCCAAAUGUUCAGGGUUGCUUUGGAUUUUCAGAACAGUUAAAUGACAAGGAUUAUUUUUGCAAGACGUACGAACCUUUCAUUUCGUGUUUGGUGAAAGCAUUGAUCGCUCAAGUGUUGCCAUAUUCUAUCAACUGCUAUGUUGGUCCAGGACUCGCGAUCGUUCUCGAUGUACUUAAACACCUUGCUCCUGACCCCGUCCUGCAAAGUGACGCUAACGAGCUGAGCCGUCGCCUUAGAAGACCAAAACCUGUCCUUUGCUAUAACAAAGACUGUACACAAUUUUACAAAAUUGAAAAAAGCAACGGGACAUCUACAUUUAUUUUAUUUGACAAAAAUAUGACUGAGGUAACGAGGCAGCUUAGGAAACCAACGACAACCACAAGUUUAUAAGACAUUAUUGUAUGAAUGAAAAUGAAUAAUUUAUCCACGACGCUGACAAAGUUGUAACAUAAAGGAUCGUUUAUUUUCCUUUGUUCCAAUCGUGAUUACCAAAAAUAUUCACACGACAUUUUUCACUUGAAGACUAAAAAUAAAUAUACAAAUUCUA